AUGCUUGUGUGUCUCCUUCUUUUGCUUGGCAACGCGCUUGCACGGAAUUACUACGAAAUAUUGGGAGUGACAAAGACGGCCACUGCAAGUGAAUUGAAGAAGGCAUAUCGAUCUCUUUCAUUGAAAUACCACCCCGACAAACCUUCGGGCGAUAAGAAGAAAUACGAAGAGAUCAACAAAGCGUACGAGGUACUUUCUGACGACAAACAGCGACGUAUCUACGACCAAGGUGGUGAAGAAGCCAUUAAAAAUCCGAAUCGAAAUGGGUUUGGUGGCGGGUUCAACCCGUUUGAAGACUUUUUCAGAAACAACCAACAACAGCAACAGCGUCAGCAACGUCUUCCGGAUGUUGAGAUAUCUCUCGACGUCACAUUAGAAGAUUUGUAUAAAGGAAAAACGUUUGAGGUUUUACAUAGAAAGAGACAACUGUGUCAUCACUGCCACGGUACUGGUGGAGAUACUGCUGACGAUGUUAAAGAUUGCCCAAUCUGUCAUGGCACGGGUAUGAGAACAGAAACGAGACAAUUUGCGCCAGGGUUUGUUCAAAACAUCCAACGACCAUGUGACCACUGUGGGGGGAAAGGCAAGAUCUAUGGCAAAAAGUGCCACGUCUGCAAUGGGAAGAAAGUCGAAGAAGGGGAGACAACCAUUUCUGUGACGAUUAACAAAGGGAUGCGUGACGGGGAGGAAAUUCGAUUUGAAGGGUUUGGCGACGAGAAGCCCGACUUCGACACGGGAGACGUUGUCUUCAAAAUCCGAACGAUUGGAACAACCAUUUUUACACGACGGUGGGACGAUUUGAAGACGACCAUUCACGUCUCUUUGAAAGAAUCCCUGUUAGGGUUUGAGAAGAACAUCACACACUUAGAUGGCCAUGUAGUGAAAGUGAAGAGGACCGGAAUAACACCGUAUGGCCAUACUAUUACAGUAAAGGAGGAGGGUAUGCCAAUCAAAAGAAAGGAAACUAAAGGUGAUAUGCUCGUUGAAGUUAUCAUCGAC